UCCAGUGGCAGAAGCAGAGGAGCUAGACAUAACAGCCUCUUGUAGUUCCUCGUCACUAAUAGCUCUUAUCGCUGCGCUCAGAACUUCUUGGAGAGAUGCAGUCCUGCCGUGUACGCUGUGCUCUGACCCUGCUCUCCCUGGCUUUGGCUGUGAGCUCAAUCUCAGCAGCUCCCUCAGACCCGCGGCUCCGCCAGUUUUUGCAGAAAUCUUUGGCAGCAGCAGGAAAACAGGAGCUUGCCAAGUAUUUCCUGGCAGAAUUAUUGUCAGAACCAUCCCAGUCAGAGAAUGACGCAUUGGAACCAGAAGAUUUGGCCAGAGGUACUGACCAAGAGGAUGUAAGACUUGAACUGGAAAGAUCUGCAAACUCCAGUCCAGCCUUGGCUCCCAGGGAACGCAAAGCUGGAUGCAAGAACUUCUUCUGGAAAACAUUCACGUCAUGUUAGCUUCCACCUUGCCCCUUUCUCUAGCCCUUUAUUUUCCUACUCCCUAAACCUUAAGCAAAAAGCCUUCACCACAGAAGCCGAAGACUGUAAAUAUUACACACAGUUAUGGUGAAUUAAGAUGUUGAUUUGAAGUUGUUUAAUAAAACUUUUAGUUGAAAUUGUACAUGAUUUGGUUUGGUCGUAAUUUCUCUAUAGUUCUUAAAAUAUGCACUCUGCAGUUCUCAAAGAUGUAAUAUUUUUAAUUAUUUGUUGCAAUAAAGUUUGUUUCAAACUAUA